AUCGCUAUUUUAAACGAAUAACACGUAAGUGUUUAUAAUUAAAAAAAGAAAAAAAGACUAGCGCGGUGGCCGGUGCCGGGCCGGGAUCCCCCAUUCUCUGCGGUAAGAGUGUGUGUCAAUGUUUGCUUGUGCGCUACGUGAAGGAGGAGGAUCCUCGCGCAAGUUUCUCUCGCACACUCUUUCUCUCUCUAAAAUCCUUACUAUUUCAGACUCUGCUCUCAUCCCCACCGCUCACACAAUCCCCUAACUAGGGUUUUAACAUCCAUACCUACCAGAAACCAAAAUACAACAUUCAAUUUCACAUUGCGCCGAUCUUCAACCGAUCAAUUUGAUGACGGAGGUGAAAUCGGCGGCGUCGAACGGCGGCUCGUCGGCGACGCCGUUUGGGAGCUCGGUUAUACCCAUAGCGAACAAACUGCAGGAUAUUUUCGCGCAGCUAGGAAGCCAGUCUACGAUCGACUUGCCGCAGGUGGCGGUGGUCGGCAGCCAGAGCAGCGGCAAAUCGAGUGUGUUGGAGGCGCUCGUAGGACGUGAUUUUCUACCGCGUGGAAGUGACAUCUGCACCCGCCGCCCGCUCACGCUGCAGCUCCACCAGAGACAGAGAAAGGCCGAUGACGAGGAGGAAGAAUGGGGGGAGUUCUUGCAUUUACCGGGGAAGAAGUUUUUUGAUUUUAGUGGAAUCCGGAGGGAGAUACAGGCUGCAACAGAGAGAGAAGCAGGGGGAAACAAAGGUGUCUCAGAUAAACCAAUAAGCUUAAAGAUUUAUUCUCCAAAUGUUCUUGACAUUACUCUUGUGGAUCUACCGGGUCUCACGAAAGUUCCUGUUGGUGAUCAGCCAUCUGACAUUGAAACACGUAUUAGAAAUAUGAUAACGGCAGUCAUUAAACGUGAAAGUUGCCUGAUCCUGGCUGUGACACCAGCAAAUGCCGAUCUGGCUAACUCAGAUGCUCUUCAGAUGGCACAAUGCGUUGAUCCUGAUGGUCACAGGACAAUUGGUGUUAUUACAAAGUUGGAUAUAAUGGAUAGAGGUACUGAUGCACGCAACUUUUUGCUUGGGAAAGUGGUUCCGCUUCGCCUUGGUUAUGUAGGUGUUGUAAAUCGCAGUCAAGAGGAUAUUCUGCGGAACCGAAGUAUCAAAGAUGCACUUGUUGCAGAAGAGAAGUUCUUUCACACUCGUCCAGUGUACAGUGAUAUUGCUGAUCGUUGUGGAAUCCCACAGUUGGCCAUGAAGUUGAACCAGAUUUUGGUACAACAUAUUAAGAAUGUUCUUCCGGGUUUGAAGUCGCGCAUUAGUGCCGCCCUGGUCUCUGUGGCAAAGGAGUAUGCUAGCUAUGGAGAAGUUUCUGAGUCAAAGGCUGGCAAAGGUGCUCUAAUACUAAACGUUCUUUCCAGAUAUUCAGAAGCAUUCUCUUCAAUGAUAGAAGGCAAGAGUGAAGGAAUGUCAACAUCUGAGCUUUCUGGAGGAGCAAGAAUACAUUAUAUAUUCCAAAAUAUUUUUGUGAAGUGCUUGGAGGAUAUAGAUCCUUGUGAGGAUUUAACUGAUGACGAUAUCCGCACUGCCAUUCAAAAUGCAACUGGUACCAGAUCUGCACUCUUUGUGCCAGAAGUUCCUUUUGAAGUUCUUGUUAGAAGGCAAAUAGCACGUUUGUUGGAUCCAAGUCUCCAGUGCACCAGAUUUAUCUAUGAUGAGCUGAUCAAGAUGAGCCAUCGCUGUAUGGUAAAUGAGCUCCAACAGUUUCCGGUCCUACGAAAACGCAUUGAUAUUGUUAUCAGAGAUUUUUUGCAAGAAAGUCUUCGGCCAACGGAGGCAAUGGUGGAAAGUCAUGUUGAAACACAGAUGGAUUUCAUAAACACUUCGAAUCCAGAUUUUAUUGGUGGAAGAAAAGCUCUAGAGGCUGCAUCAGAGCAAAUCAAGUCCAAAAUUGUGGCGCCCGUUGCAAAGCACAAGGAUACAGGAGAAUCAGAAAAAGUAUCUCACCUUGAAAGAAAUUUCACAUCUCGGACCGUACUUUCUCGACAAGUGAAUGGAAUUGUUCCAGAGCAAGGUGUUCGAUCUGCCUCAGAUGUCGAGAAAACUGCUCAGUCUGUAAGCAAUGCUGGUUCGAGUUGGGGAAUAUCUUCGAUAUUUGGCGGAAAUGACAAUCAUACAUCACCUAAAGAGAACUCGACCAGCAAUCCAUUUAAUGAACCUGUUCAAAGCAUGGAACAGAGAAUGUCGAUGAUCCAUUUGAGAGAGCCCCCUAGUGUGUUGAGGUCGUCAGAACCUGACUCAGACGAAAAGACCAUUGAGAUUACUGCUACAAAGUUGUUACUGAGGUCGUAUUAUGAUAUUGUGCGGAAAAGCAUUCAGGAUUACGUACCAAAAGCCAUUAUGCAUUUUCUGGUAAACCACACAAAGCGAGAGCUUCAUAAUGAAUUCAUAAAAAGAUUGUACAGAGAAAACUUGCUUGAAGAGUUGUUGCGGGAGCCAGAUGAGGUUGCCACGAAGAGAAAGCAGACUCAUGAUACACUUAAGGUCCUAGAGCAAGCUUUCCGGACAAUUGAUGAACUGCCGCUUGAAGCUGAGACUGUUGAGAGAGGCUACUCCUCGAAUAAUGAUCCAACUGGCCUGCCAAGGAUCAAUGGGCUCCUAAGAUCAUCGUUGUACGACAGUGGUUCAACGGAAUCAUAUAGCCCUUCUUCCAAAAACUCAAGAUCACGAAAGUCUAGCGAGCCUCACUCACCAUUAUACUCUGAUACUUAUUAUGGUGGUGGACAUAGAUCUGGCGCUGGCCUAUAUCCAACCAUUGAUAUAUAAGUCUCCAGUAAUGCUUCAGGACAAAUUUUAUAACGAGGCGCAUCCAUAUUUUUGCAGAUCAAGUGCGGUGGACAGGCAACAUUGUUUACUUACAUCUUAGAACGACUAACAACGUUGACCAUUUUUUCGUCUAAGUGGCGUACGGUAUAGUUUGAUUACCUUGAUAUAGAUGAGAGUUGCUUAUGAGAGGUGGAAAAGCGGUGAGAGCUGAAACCGUUUUUAUUUGAUUAUAUAUAUAAGAAGAGAAUGUUUGCAGUUUUUUCAUGUUAUCUUCUCAUAAGUUUCACAUUUCUGUAAACAAAGAAGCAGCACAUUUUUGUACAGCUGGUUAACGCUCUUUUGUUUUUAGCGUAUGCAAUUUUGUCGUUCCAAAUA